AUGGCGAUGUCUACUGCACCCAUUGUUCCCCAUGACUUUGACCCGGAUCCUGAGGUUGAGUUUGUACCCGCUGGGCCCCCUCUCGCUGACCCAGAGCCGGAUAUUGCACCAGAGCCGGUUCUUGCUCACGACCCUAUGGAUGUUCCAGCUAUUGCCCUUUUGCCUGAUCCUUUACCAGAGCCUGAUCACGUUGAUAUACCAGUCGUGGCGCCACCCGUUGUUGAUGCACCAGUUGUUGCACCACCAGUUACUGAUGUUCCUGUUGUUGUUGCACCACUGCCCGACCCAGCCCCUGUGUUUGUUGACCGUGCACCAUUUUCCACACAUGUCGAUCCUAGAUAUGCUGACACCCGUAAUGGGUGGAUUGAGGACGACGAUUAUCCUCCUUUUGUCCUACCAGUCACACCCCCUGCUGCACCUGACAUUCCUCCUCCCCGUCCAGGGGAAGGACCUUCUACACAGCAGCACAAGCACAUGCCACUUACAACAGCAACUUUUCCAUUUAUGCCCCCUUUUGCACCUACUGCACACGCUGCUUUUCCUUCGUCAGCACCCUCGGGCGAGCCAUUUAUGUGGUCAUCGCCCAAUGUCAUGCCUUUGUCAGAUCCAUACCAUCCUUUUCAUGUUGGGUAUACGACAGAUGAUAUACUUAUAUCCUUGCAGUUACAGCAGGAUAUGUUGAGCCGGAGAGUCGCGGAGCUUGAGAGGAUCUCGCAUCCUCCAUCUUUUGCUGAUCCUCCACAGACCGUUUUUCCACCUGCUCCAUCAUUUCCUUAUCCAGAUUAUCACACCCGAUUCCUAACGAUGGAGCAGCAGAUCGCUUGUUUGAUGCGUUUUAUGCAUGCACUCGAGGAGGAUUUGGUGUAUUUGCGCCGUUUGCUUUUCUUUCCACCUCCUCUUCCUCCCCCAUCAGCUUGA